GCCGCCUGCUUGGAGGCGACGGAGCGGUGCCGGGCAGGGCGCCAUGGCGGCGGGACGCGGCGGGGGCUGGCAGGGAGUAGCAUUCGCGCUCCUCUUCCUUAGUGUGCUGACGCCGGCGGGCGCCGCCUCAGCUGCCGCUCUGCCUGUAGUCAUCAAUACCUGGGCGUUUAGGACGGCCGCAGAGACAGCUUGGAGAGUGUUAGAGUCAGGAGGUUCAGAGCUGGAUGCGGUCGAGAGAGGCUGUGGUCAGUGUGAGAUCGAUCAGUGCGAUGGGAGCGUGGGAUACGGAGGAAGCCCAGAUGAAAGUGGAGAAACAACUCUGGAUGCAAUGAUUAUGGAUGGCAACACUAUGGAAGUUGGGGCUGUUGCGGAUCUCAGGCAUGUGAAAAAUGCGAUUGGUGUAGCACGAAAGGUCAUUGAACACACUAAGCAUACAUUACUAGUGGGAGAGUCAGCGUCCCUGUUUGCUGUAAGAAUGGGGUUUCCAUAUGAAGAUUUAACUACCCGGAAAUCUCUUUCGCUGUAUUCAGAGUGGCUUAAUCAAAGCUGUCAACCAAACUACUGGAAGAAUGUGGUGCCAGACUCUUCAAAAUCCUGUGGACCGUACAAACGGCGUGAAGAAGUAACUUAUAAAAAAGAACAGACCAGCUCACGAAGAAGUAUUCAUAACCAUGAUACUAUUGGUAUGGUUGUAAUUGGUGUGAGUGGAACCGUUGCUUCUGGGACAUCUACUAAUGGCGCAAUCCACAAACUUCCAGGCCGCGUGGGAGAUUCUCCGAUAGCUGGAGCGGGAUCCUACGCAGAUAGUACAGCCGGAGGAGCUGCAGCCACUGGGGAUGGUGACGUCAUGAUGCGUUUCUUACCCAGUUAUCAAGCUGUGGAAUAUAUGAGGAUGGGAACAGACCCAACAGUAGCCUGUCAGAAAGUUAUUUCCAGAAUCCAGAAGUACGCUCCAAAGUUCUUUGGUGCUAUCAUUUGUGCCAAUACAACUGGAAGUUAUGAAUCUUGUUUUCUUUUUUUCCUAGGUGCUGCAUGUAAUAAAAUUCCAGGAUUCACUCAGUUUCACUUCAUGGUUUCAAACCCUUUGCUAAGUCGACCAACUGAGCAAGUAGUAGACUGCAUUUAGUUCCUUCUGUCCUGUUAGCAUCUCGGCUUAGAAGAGGACAGUGCUAAAUUCCACCAGUUAUUACUUCUAAAAAUGGCUGUUUCUAGCAUUUGAUGGCCAUUAUGGUCUGCUUGUUUUCCUAAGAACUGAGUAGCCAGAAGUGAUGAAUGGUAACCAUUGAACAGGCCCUUUGCCCUGCCAUUUAAAAAUAUAUUUUUCAGACAUUUGGAAUAACAGGCUGGAAGUGGAACUAUGACUCUACACAUAAAACUUAUGUUGAGAAUAUUUGUCUUUCUAAGAUUUAGUCAAGGUUUUCUCUUGAAAAGCGAAUUGCAUGAAAAUACUGACACACAAGGAAAGGGGCUUGAGGAGUAGUGGAGACUAUUUCAAAGCUUGAAUGAAGAGAGAAGAAGUCCUUAUGGAUCAUUCUAACUUGUUCCACAACAGUUGAGAAUACAUUUGAAUAGAGAGUACAUGCAAGCAUCCCUGGUAGUACAAACCUUCAAGGAAUUUUGGUUGACUGACUGGAUGUGAAGACAACUGGAAAUCAUCCUGUCACCCAUUUUUGUAGUGGAAGUUAAGUUAUGAACCAUAAUCACAGUGAUUUCCUUGUCAGUAACAUGCUGUGCACUCACCUUACACCCUAAUGUCCUACAGCACGUUAACAUCUGCAGAGAGCAGUUGAAUGCCUAGAAUGUGACACAUACCUAUAGCUUUGGCUUUUGUCACUUUCUGUGUCUAGAGACACCAGCAUUCAUUUUUAAUAGAACUUCAGCAUCAUGAGGAUUAUUCCACAGGUAUUUGAAAAUCUGUUUGAUCAUUCUCUUAAAUUGGUGGCUUGCUGAUUUGAUGGAAUCUUUGCUAAACUUGAGCUAAGAAAUGGCAAAAGAGGAGACCGAAUAAAAAGAAUGUGUCUUGUCACUUUAAUUAUUCUCUGUCUACUUAAAUAAAAUCACUGGGUAAUAAAAGCACACAUUAAUGUAAUAAUAAAGCUGUUUAGAUGCUUGUGUACUGUG